AUGGCUCGAGACGUGGGAAACAGUGGGUCAGGACGUCCUGUACUCAAAGAACUUUCCCAGAACGCGGAGCCACCACAGUCCACUCUUGCAGCACAGCUUGUCAGCCAUUUCACAGAUGGGAAGAAGCAUCCCAGAACUCAAGAUGUAGAGACAUUUCGCCAGCUGCUUCGAGAAAUCCUUGGUACUGAAAGUGGACAAAUUUUUCACGCAGAACCGCUCGAAACAGACAGUGACGUGGAUUGCAAGCUGAUCUAUGUGAUCGUGAAAGCCGGCCUUGAAAAGAUAAGCUCGGACGACCCGUUCAAUGGUAAGACUGAACUAUCUAGACACGCUGCUGACAGUUUGACUGCCAUAAACUUCACUAUCAAGAGGAAUCCUGAAGUUCUGUUUGCUGCUCCCCAAUUCCACGGACCAGACCCGCGGCCGAUUGGUCCCUUGUAUCUAUGGCUUCUGCCGAAGCUCCUGGCUUUGACCGGGUGCCUACAAGAUAGCGAGACAAUAGAGGGGGUUCUCCGCAUCUUUACGACUUUUCUUGUCACCGAGAGAAAGACGCAUGUUAGAAGGAUGAACUUACAUCCAAUUCUGACAUACAUGAAAGGGUGCACCAACGACCUUUUGUCCCAUCUCGAAACAAAGACUUCUGAUCUGGCUGCAAACCCCAACAUGCCCCCAUAUCAUGUGCCUUCUGGAGCGACAAUUUCCGGACUCUGCCCGCGGGAUCUGCCACCAAAUGAGUUGCAGGAUGCUAUUCAAGUAUUUUUCAGACACAAAAGACAAAUAUUCGAUACGACAAUGUGCCUUCUAACAUUUUUCACUACACCUUCCUCAUGCAGGCCAGGUGUCAUGUCGAAUAUUGAUUUUCUUACUUCCGAGGACAGCUGGACCUUGAACACAUUGACUCGAUUUUGGGGCGCAAUAGCUCCCGAAGGCGGCCAGCUUGACUACGCUGAAAGCACCUUGUCGAGUGUAAUAUCCUUUCUGGAUCGUAUUCGCGCGUUUUUCACCCGUACCUCGGGCUUCGAUUCUCGCUCAGCAGUCGUGACCAGGGUGUCAACAUUGUACUCGCAGAUCACAACGACUUUUCUUGUCGCGGACUCAUUACCUUUACCGUCUCCCGUUGAAAAAAGACUUUGUCUCAUGGUUUUCGAUCUUGCUCUCACUGAUUCAAAGUGGGGGCCUAGGCUUCGAAGCUUUGCGGGGAACACACUAUCAAAUCUUCUCGAAGUAAGAAAAGAUCACAAGCGUUUCGACGCAUUUGGUCAAGAUCUCCAGUACGCUAUAUCCUUGAUAAUCUCGCUCCACGAGCAAAAUCCGCUACAGAACUUGCGCUUGCUGCCCUUAAGUCGAAUGCCGUCAUUUGAAGAUUCGGAAAUUCAGCAAACCAGCCACAGCUACUUCUGCAAUCCUGUGCCCGACACAGACAAUCAUGACCUCGAAAGACCGUCAAAGAGAGCACGCCUGGCCACUGUCAAUGGUGGUCAAACCAUGAACGACGUGCGAUCAAGCAUCGUGAGCAAGAUCUACAGCUUGUUGGGUCUUCCCGAUAACACCGCGCUUAUAGGCCUUAGUCGGAAUGCGGUCGACUGCUUUCCAAGGCUUUCUGAGGAGGAACAGUGUUCCUUAUGUGCUGCGAUUGGGCAACUGGCUUGCGCAAGCGCCCAAGCUUUGCCAGAGACCUUGAUUAGCGAAUAUCGACGACCAGUAAAUAACAAGUGCUACAUCUGUGACGCGGACAUGAGGGACAACAGUAUAUCAACACAGUGGGAAUGUUCCGGGUCGGAAGAGGCGUUUUCCACCAUACUCAGCCUAAUCAAAUUGCCCAAAACCCAAAAAUUUCGAAGACCUCGUGUCGCAGCUACGCUGGCUCUAAAACGUUUGUUGUCUCAUACCGCAAAGGAAGAGCACUUGAACCUGACAAUGUCCGCGUAUGGCCAAUGGUGCUUACAAGCCUUGCAAAGUUCUAUACGGGAAUUGCGCAUUGCGGCUGGACGGACAUUGCCAGUCUUCAUGCAGGGCACUCUCAAACCUUCCAUAAUCCUCAAAAAUCGACACGUUGUCCUGGAUUUCUUGCGUACUCUUUCAGAAAAAAACGAUCUUGCACUGCAGGAAACGUGCAUACUCGCCUGGGGCCAAAUUGCUCGGAUCUCUGGUGGUGACGAGAUGAAUAUUGUUCUUCUGAAACUUGUGGAAUACUUAGGCCACACUAAUGCAUUAAUAUCUGGACUUGCGUAUGAUGAGAUUCAAAAGAUAUCUAAUCAUUCCCAUUUUUCAGCAAUGAAGCUGUUUGCUCCGUACUGGCGUACCAUUGCGGUAACAGUGGUACAAGAUAUACACCGCCGUCCCCAGAUUGCGCAGCAGAUCUCAGACUUGUUGGCGAUGAGUGUUUCUGACUUCCUUUCCAUGACUCAAGUACACACAGUCCCUUUCUUUGUCUUGACGAAGAAGCAGGACGUAUUACAACGAAUUGCCGACGCUUGUGGACAGUCGAUCAUGGUGCUGUGCAGGGAACACAACAAUUUGGCUGCGAUUCUUUCAUGUAUACUGCUCCGAACUUCUAGCGAUGUAGAGAGUCUAGUCAUGGGCUUACUCAAUGCUGUUUCUCCAGAGUUCGGCAACGUGAAUUGUGCCGAAUUGCUCAAAUCGGAGCCACAAUCAACAGCGUCUGAAUUAUUGAGGGCUGCAGGUGAGAAUGAUGAAGCAAAGAGGCCCAAGGCUCAUCAAGCCCUCCAUUUUCUCGCCGACAUUACCCAUGGUAGAUCGAUUGCUGGCCGAGGAACAGCUCGUAAGAUGGAUUCGAUCGGUCCAUUCUUCGAGACCCACGUGCUGGGUAUCAUGGCUCUUCUUGCCGAUACAAUAAACGAUGGGAAAGGUCCACAACCUAUCCUCGAGAAGACUAGAUGUUUGGGCGCGAUUCGCGAAAUGAUAAAGCUUGCAAAAAGCCAUGUCAGCAACGGUCUGCCACAGAUAUGCGCAUGUCUUCGAUCCGCGAUCGAAAUUAAAGCUCUUUCCAAUCAAGGCUUUAAGGCUUGGAUUGUUAUGAUGACUACCCUUGGGGAAGACGACAUUGCAACGCUUGUAGACCCUACGUUUGCCAUUAUCGUUCAGCAUUGGGACUCGUUUGUGGCCGACAUCCAGAAAGAGGCAUACGAGAUGAUUAGUUAUCUCCUGAAAUCCCAUUCAUCUAUGAUAUGCGACAUCGUACACACCCUACCCUCGCUUGCCCCUGUACCAUUAAUGGCCAAAUUCGAGGAAGAACUGGGCGGGCUGAAGGCUAGGAUGGGUAUAAAACACCACUAUCAAGCUUUCAGCCAACGAUGCCAAAACGAAAAUGUGACGGUUGUCUUCCGAGCUCUUUCUGAGCUCGCCGAGUACCUGGUGGAAAAUCAAGGCUUUCUGCAUGAGACCGCCAACAGUGAACAACCUGACCCUGUCGUGGGCCAACUGGCUCGGUCCAUCCUGGAUACCUCCGUGCUUUUCAAUAAUACGCAUCCAGAGAUAUCUAUUCUUUGUGCCAAGUGCAUAGGACUUGUGGGAUGCUUGGACCCCACGCGCAUUGAAGCGGUCCGGGAGAAAAAGGAGAUACUGGUCCUUUCCAACUUUGGCAGGGACGACGAGACAAAUGACUUUGUAAUCUUCUUCCUUCGUGAAGUUUUGGUCAAAGCCUUUCUCUCGGCAACCAAUUCAAGAAGUCAGGGCUUCUUGGCAUAUGCCAUGCAAGAAUUGUUAAGCAUUUCAGAGAUCAAAGAAUCUGUGAGGCCUCGCCCACGUGAUGCCCCAUUUGACGCGAACUAUCGCAGAUGGGUAUCGCUCCCGGAAUCAGUGAGGACAACUUUGAUGCCCUUUACUAAUUCCAAAUAUUUCGUCACCGCUGGGAUAUCGCAGCUACCCUCUACCUACCCUUUGUAUGAUGCAAAGAUGGGUCAUGGGCAAUGGCUCCGGACGUUCACCUUUGACCUCCUCAAGAGGAAAGUAGGAGAUGGCAAGGUACAGACCAUCUUCUCGGUUCUCAGUCGGAUUAUUCGAUUUCAGGAUAUAUCCAUAUCGAACUUCCUCCUACCAUUUGCUUGCUUGAAUGUUAUCAUCAACGGUAACGAUCGUGAGAAGCUAGAAAUCGGUCGAGAGCUUCUCCUUGUAUUGCAUGAAUCUUUGCCAGAACAGGGUCAUUCUAAGGAUAGCACAAUCCUUUGCAGCCAGACCGUCUUUCAAGUCCUCGAUUACCUUUCGCGUUGGAUGCAAGAGAAGAAAAAAGAAAAUGCCAAUGCGAAAAGCGCAGGAACAAGGGCAGGUCGAAUACCGUCCGAAGCCGACCUUGAGCGGGAAAUUGUGCAGAUACAAAGUGUGGAUACAGUCCUUGCACUGAUACCCGCGGACGUGAUAUCCCGCCGGGCCGUAGAAUGUAAAUCUUUCUCCCGCGCACUCUUUCAUUGGGAGCAAUUCAUCAGGCAACAACGAGAUGAGGAUCGAAAUGCAAACCAAGGUGUUGAUUUGGAACCCUUGUAUGAACGACUUCAGGAGAUUUACACACAGAUCGACGAACCCGACGGUAUCGAAGGCAUUUCGGCUCAUUUGCAAGUCCUUAAUAUAGAUCAGCAGAUCCUGGAGCAUCGCAAGGCGGGAAGAUGGACCGCAGCUCAGAGCUGGUACGAAAUCCUCCUUACAGAGAAGCCAAAGGAUUUUGAUGUCCAAUUCAACCUUCUCACAUGUCUCAAAGAGUCUGGCCAGCAUGAUGUUCUGUUGAAUCAAGUUGAGGGCUUCCAACAGUCAUAUGCGACCAACAUUCUGUCUCUACCAUUUUCCACAGAGGCUUCUUGGGUGACUGGGAAGUGGGAUAAACUGAAAGGCUACCUGUCAAUGUCCACGGAAGCUUCGGACGGAGAUUUCAAUGUGGGGAUUGGACGGGCUCUGUUGGCACUUUCCGAGGAAAAUAACAGUCAAUUCUCCGCCAUUUUAAAUCAGCUAAGACGCAACACUGCAAGAGGUUUAUCGACAACGAACACAACGUCACUACAAGGGUGCCAUGACUCGCUAGUGAAGUUCCACGCACUCGCCGAGAUGGAAAUGAUUGGCGGUGCCGGAGACAUGGACAAAAACAUGAAAUCCAGCCUAGUGUCAUCCAUGGACCAACGAUUGGACGUGCUUGGGCCUUUCGUGUCCGAUAAACAGUACUUGUUGGGACUUAGAAGGGCGGCAAUGCAGCUUUCCAAGCGUCAUUUCUCGAACGCUGACAUCGCGUCUGCUUGGUUGACAAGCGCGAAACUAGCUCGCAAAGGUGGCUUCACGCACCAAGCCUUCAACGCCGUCCUUCAUGCGUCUCAGCUCGGCGAUGCAUCAGCAACGAUAGAGCAUUCUCGUCUUCUAUGGAGAGAAGGCAAUCAUCGCAAAGCGAUCCAAAGUCUAGAAGGCGCCAUUGGUGCCAAUGCUUUUAGAUCUCAUGACUACAUUGAGGCAAACGAAUCCUUAGCGACAAAACCCCCGGGCCUGCAGCAACAGCAAAACCUGCUAAAGGCGAGAGCUCAUCUACUGCUAGCAAAGUGGAUCGACAGAGCCGGACAAACUCAAUCCGAUGUGAUCAUCCAUCAGUACAAUAGAGCUGCCGAAUUUCAUAACAGAUGGGAGAAGGGUCACUACUAUCUCGGAAAGCAUUACAACAAGCUCCUGGAGUCAGAGAAAGCGAAACCACCUGGGAAACAGGCUCAGACUUUUAUACAAGGCGAGACUGCCAAAUUGGUGAUCGAAAACUAUCUCCGAUCGCUAGCCUUCGGGGCAAAAUACAUAUAUCAGACUAUGCCAAGGAUUCUAACGCUGUGGUUGGAUUUGGGAUUCGAAACCGAACAGCCUUUGGAUCCAAAGCACGGAAACGAAACUUUUAGAAGCCACACGAUGGCACAGCGAAGAAAGCUCCUCGAAGCUUGUAAUUCACAGAUGAGGAAAUAUAUUGACCGCCUACCGGCUUUUGCUUGGUAUACUGCACUGUCCCAGAUCGUGGCUCGGAUAUGUCAUCCAAAUUUAGCUAUCUACAAUCUCCUUGUUGACAUUGUGACCAAAGUCGUGACUCAGCACACGGCACAAGCACUUUGGACUUUGCUAGCCGUAGUCAAAUCAUUUUCCAAAGAGAGGGCGAGUAGAGGCAUGGCUUGCUUGACGAGAAUACUGGAGAACGCGAAGAAAUCCAAGGCAGACUCGACUGGAAUAGAGCUGAAGACACUGGUCACUCAGGGACAGAGAUUAACCGACCAGUUACUGCAUGUUUGCGAGGGCAAUAUUCCUAACAAGCCUACGAUGGUCAGUCUGACCAAGGAUCUUGGCUUCAACCACAAGACGGCUUCUUCUAAGCUCGCAAUACCGCUCGAGUCAUCUUUGACUGCCAGUCUUCCGACGAAUGACAGUAUGAAUAUAAGGACUCACAAGGCGUUCAAUAGCAAAGACUACGUUCACAUAUCGUCCUUCCUAGAUGAUGUGGUGGUUUUGAAUUCUCUCCAGCGACCGAGGAAGAUCAGUAUCCGAGGCUCUGAUGGCCAUGUCUACGCUCUUCUUUGCAAACCGAAAGAUGAUCUUCGCAAGGAUCAACGUUUGAUGGAAUUCAACGCCAUGAUCAACCGCUCUCUGAAGAAAGACGCUGAAUCCAGCAAACGCCGGCUUUACAUCAAAACAUAUGCUGUAACGCCCUUGAAUGAAGAAUGCGGUCUGAUUGAAUGGGUAGACAAUCUCAAAACUCUACGUGAGAUUCUCUUGAACGGCUACAAGCAAAAGAACGUGCCGAUCAACUACGGCGAUUUGCGCAACCUACUUAACGAAUCCGUGACGUCUCCUGGCAAGCUUUCCAUCUUCACUGACAGAAUCAUACUCACUUUUCCUCCUGUCUUUCAUGAAUGGUUCGUUGAGAUGUUUCCCGAGCCUGGGGCAUGGUUCAAUGCUCGCCUGCGUUAUACUCGUUCGUGCGCUGUGAUGUCCAUUGUCGGACAUGUCCUUGGACUAGGGGAUCGCCAUGGCGAGAACGUUUUGUUUGAAGAAAGCAAUGGAGGCACCUUCCACGUCGACUUCAACUGUCUCUUCGACAAAGGCCUCACCUUUGAGAAACCAGAGCUGGUCCCCUUCCGCCUCACACACAACAUGGUAGAUGCGUUCGGCGCUUAUGGUUAUGAAGGGCCGUUCCGCAAGUCUUGCGAGCUCACGCUUGGCAUCCUCCGCCAGAAUGAAGAUACGUUAAUGACGAUAUUGGAGACCUUUCUCUAUGAUCCGACCACUGAUUUCAUUGGUAAGAAGAAGAAGGCCAUUACCGGUGUGCCGGACACGCCGGAGGGAGUGCUAGAGAGUGUGAGGAACAAGGUUCACGGUUUGUUGCCCAUGGAAAGUGUACCAUUGAGUGUGGAAGGAUAUGUGCAGGCGUUAAUCCAGCAGGCGACAGAUCCAUUCAAAUUGGCGAGUAUGUACAUUGGCUGGUGCGCUUUCUUCUAG